AUGGCCGACGACGCCGCCACAACCACCGAGGACACGCAGAUCACCUUCAAUGUCAAGGCUGCAAACGACCAGAAGCACGUUCUCACACUAGCCCAAACCACCACAGUUGCCGACCUCAAGGCCAAACUCUCGACGUCGGAAUACGCAGAUGUUCCCGCCGAACGCCAACGCCUGAUAUACUCCGGUCGCGUACUGAAGGACCACGACACACUCGCUAGCGUUAAGAUCAAGGAUGGCCACACAGUCCAUCUCGUCAAGGGUGCCGCCAGCAACGUACGAAACCAAGGCCCGGCGGGCACAGCAAGCGGGGGCAACACCCAGACGCCACAGGUGCCGACCAACAUUGCUGCAGGAACAGGCAACAACCCCCUCGCUGGGCUCACAGGCGCGCGCUAUGCCGGUUUCCACGGUCUACCAGGCAUGGACACUUUCGGACCGGACGGUGGCAUGGGCGGCCCUCCUACAAACCCAGAAGCUUUACUAGAGCAAAUGGAGAACCCCAUGUUUCUAUCGCAGAUGAACGAGGCUAUGAACAACCCAGCAGUAGUAGAAAUGAUGCUGCAGAGCCCCAUGAUCCGCGACAACCCGAUGCUUCAGCAAGUCCUCCGAAACCCCGAAAUGCGCCGUAUGAUGUUCAGCCCAGAGAUGAUGCGCAUGCAACUGCAGAUGCAGCGGAAUAUGGGUCCCACAGGCCCGAGUUUCCCAGCCCCAGGAGCUACCGACAACACCACACAGCCAGGUUCGACCGCCACAGGAGAAGGCACAACCGCGACACCGAACCAGCCUAAUACGACCGGACCAACAGACCCAUUCUCCGCAUUCGGUACAGCCGGUGGUGCCGCAGGCGCUGGAGCAAACCCGUUCGCCAAUCUGUUUGCUGGAGGCCAGAAUCCUUUGGCUCCUCAGCAACAGGGUGGUGCGGCACAAAACACACAAGACGCCUCGGGCACCUUUCCCAACUUGUUUGGUGGAGCUGGCGCACAAGGCGGACAAGCGAACCCGUUCGCGGCGGCCGCCCAAAGGAUGAUGCAGGACCCAGAAGCCAUGCGCAACAUGAUGCAGAUGAUGGGCGGUGCAGGAGGCGCAGGAGCAAACCCAUUCGCAGCCUUUGGUGGACAAGACGCAGCAGGAGCUCCAGGAGGCGAAGCAGGCCAACAAGCCGGCGGUAACCCCUUCGCCGCACUCUUCGGUCCCGGUGGAUUCGGCGGCGCAGGCGGCUUCGGUGCCCCACCAGCCCCCGCAGACAACCGGCCACCCGAGGAAAUCUACGAGGUACAACUCAGGCAGCUCAACGAAAUGGGCUUCUACGAGUUCGACCGCAACGUCGCCGCCCUACGGCGCAGCGGCGGCAACGUCCAAGGCGCAAUCGAGCACCUUCUCGGCGGCGGAGCGUAG